GCCAUAGCUAUAUCGCCUUUCUUUUUUUUUUUUUGUCACACGAAAUCAUGACAAAAAUCUCUGACUGCCCCUCCAAGAGAACGCACUAUUGGCAAUGAUAUCCUCGUACGACCAAGACCUCCACUGUCUCUACUUGGAGAGAUCGAGCCUUCAUGAGUUGGAGAAACAAUUGAAAGAAAAGAUGGAUGUGUUGGACCAGCAGCAUGCCCGCAUCUCGGAGGCGUUGCGUGAAAGACGGAGCAUUAUCAGUCCGAUUCAGCGCCUCCCAUCCGAGCUGCUUUGCAAAAUAUUUCUUGCUACUCUCGAGCAAACACACUCCGAUACGAACCCUGUCAUUCGGAAUGUGGCCUCAGUGGGAAAUUCGCCGUGGUCUGUGUCGGGUGUCUCAGCCAGGUGGAGAAGUGUAGCUCUGUCCUUCCAGCAAUUGUGGUCUUCUGUGAAUAUUUCUAUCACAGAUGACAACUUUCGCGACGAUACUUAUUCUUUAUGUCUAUGUCUACAAUUGAACCGCUCGCAAACAUACCCACUAUCCAUGUCCAUCUGCGUUGAUAGGACCAAGUCUACCGCAGAGAAUCUGCCUAUACAGUUGAUUACCAUCCUAUCCUCAUCUUCUGCCCGCAUCCGAGAGCUUUCUCUUGACCUUCCCGUGAUCCUCUUGUCCAAGCUACCCGCCCUGCAACUAUCUUUACCAUUGCUAGAGAUCCUGACUCUCCUUGGCUCGUCGGACGGAGAUCUUGUCGGGUAUCCUCGUAUGCGCCUGUUCUUGUUUACCCCGAACCUCAGAUCUGUCGAAAUGAUCGAUAUCAAGAACCCUCAGCAGAACUUCGACUUCCCUUGGAAUUUGUUAAAGCAGUGUAAGAGCGAGCACUCUCGUGGGCGUUAUUGGGCCAAUGUCUCUCAGCCACAUCAUCAUUUAAAUCUUCUCAGGGAGCUCAAAGAGGUCGAGGAGUGCGUUCUACGCAUAGGUCGUGCUUCCGCAGACAUUGAAUUUCGCCAAAACUUCCCUCUCGUUUGUUCUCGAGUCCGAGUCCUGGAACUUUCAUCAUGGAUUUCCGACUAUGAUGUAUUUAAUUUUGUGUCGAUUUUCCAACAAGAUAGCCAGGCGGCGGGCACUUUUGCAUCGACAUGUCGUCUCAUUCAUCGUUCACAACCGUCAAUCACCGUACUGCAAUUCGAUUAUGGUGUCGUUCUCACUGCGGACCUUUUGAACCUCUUUCGCUCUACACCCACCCUCGAAGACGUUCGCAUUACGAGCAGCGACGUGUUUACUCCGGAAGUCUUGGAGGAACUCACAGUGGACCAUACAUCUUCGAAGGACGUGAUUUUACCGCGUCUGCGCCAUCUCUUUAUUGGAGGUAGAAGCUUUACAGGGACAGAGCUCAUGGGGAUGGUUUGGUCUCGUUGGAAUAUCGGCCAAUCUCACCGAGUUGAACGUCUACAAACUCUGAAAUUGUACUUCCGUGAAAGAUGGUACGCUGAGGCCAUCGAAAGCUUCAUGUUAGAAGAAUUUGAGGGGUGUGUUAUGGAAGGAUUCUCUUUUGGAAUCUGUUGCGUAUUGCCAUGA